UAGCAUUUUCCCAGGGCACGAUGCAGUGGUUUCUAGGUUAUGCGAAGCGCAACUCAAACUUGUUAAUAUCCAGUACAAAAUCCUUCUCGCAGGUUCCAAAGUAAGCACCUCCAACUCGCCUCUUCCCAUUACGUUUGUUUAACGAUUUGCUCUAGACGCUCCUUCGCAAUGGCUUCUCCUUCGGACCGUCGACCCCUCGUCAUCUCUGGACCUAGCGGUGUCGGAAAGGGCACGCUGAUCAAGAUGCUCUUCGGCCGCCACCCAGAUACCUUUACUCUUUCUGUGUCGCAUACUACUCGUAACCCUCGCGAGGGUGAGACCGAUGGCGUUGAGUACCACUUUGUCACCAAGGAUGCGUUUCGGGAUUUGAUCGCCAAGGACGGCUUCGUCGAGCAUGCUCAAUUCGGAAGCAACCUCUACGGAACGAGCAGGGCGACCAUCGAGGAGCAGACAGCCAAGGGCAAGAUUGUUGUUCUGGACAUCGAGAUGGAAGGCGUAAAGCAAGUUAAGGCCUCUUCCAUCGACGCACGCUACGUAUUCGUCUCGCCCCCUGAUACUGAAGAGCUCGAGAAGCGACUGCGCGGCCGCGGCACGGAGACCGAGGAGAGCAUCCAGCAGCGCUUGACACGUGCGCAGGAUGAGCUUGCGUGGGCCAAGAAUGCCGAGUUUGACAAGAUUCUCGUCAACGAUGAUUUGGAGAAGACGUACCAGGAGCUCGAUGCUUUUGUCUACAGUGAGAAGACCAACUAGACUGGAGUAGAUGGGAGAUUAUUUGAAGUUUGACACGCGGUAUGCGACGUCUGUGGGACCCGGUGUAUAGGGUAGCGCAAAAGUAUAAACGAGAAGCAUGAUAGACCUACAAUGAUCAAUGAUUAUACCCAAGAAAAAUUGAGCCUAUUGAGACUGGUGUAUUAUGGUAUGGAU